AUUAAAAGCACGCGAGGACUUCUUCGGUCUGAUCUUCUCUAUAAAAAUUAAAUACAAAAACCUCAUCAGAGAUACACCUUUCUAUAUUCCCAAGUCCACAGUUUCGUACCCACUCCAAAACCAUUUUUGCCAUUUACAAUCUCACCAGAAAAAGAAAAAAAGAAAUUCAAGAAACAAUGGAGAAUCUAUUGGGUCUUCUCAGAAUUCAUGUGAAGAGAGGUGUGAAUCUCGCCAUUAGAGAUAUCUCAAGCAGCGAUCCUUACGUCGUUAUUCAGUCAGGAAAACAGAAACUGAAAACCCGGGUGAUCAAACACUGUAUAAACCCUGAGUGGAACGAUGAUUUGACUCUUUCUGUGACUGAUCCAAAUCUCCCUAUUAAACUUACGGUUUACGACAAGGAUUUGUUCUCUGCGGAUGAUAUGAUGGGAGAAGCAGAGUUUAACAUUGCUACAUAUAUUGAAGCCAUUAAAAUCCGCCAUAAGCUUGAAGGAGGACUUCCUAAUGGAACCAUAAUAAUGAAGAUACAGCCGACCAGACAAAACUCUUUCUCUGAAGAGAGCCAUAUCGUGUGGAACCAAGGCAAGCUUGUUCAGAAUAUGUUCCUUAGACUUCAUCACGUGGAGUGUGGAGAAGUUGAGCUACAGCUCGAGUGGAUCGAUGUACCUGGUUCAAAGGGCAUUUAAGUCAUUUCAUAUAGGUUGAUCCUAUGCUUAGUCCCUUGUGCAUACAUGGUUUAGAAAUUUAGUACUACGGUGUGGUUUAAAACUGGUGAGUGAAAGAAUCUUAAGCUGGCUUAUGCAAUAAACUCUUUUUUUUUUCUUUUUCUUGUUUCAGUCCAAAAUGUGUGCAAGUCCAUGAGGAUUCAUUGAGUAAGUGUAACAUUUGGAUCUCAAAAAUAAUAAUCUUCUCUUUAGCUUGAAUUGGUCAUUAUUGAAAUUUAAAUAUGUCAAGUUACAAAUACCAAACCAAAAGCAAUACUAAAUCAGAUAUAUAUAAAGAGGUAUUAUUGGUUCUUGUAUUUUAAUGGAUUUGAGAAUUCAAACCAAAUUCAAUGUUAUUGGUUCUUGUAUUUUAAAAUUUAUAUUGAAAUACAGUGUUAUUGGUUCUAUGAUUUUAAAAUCCAUAAUGAAAUACAAUGUUAUUGAUUCUAUCAUUUUAGAAUCUAAAUAUUAUAAGGAUUUGAGUUUUAAUUGAAUUUGAAUGGAUUUGGAAGGAUUUUUAUGACUAAAAUACAAAAACCUAAAUACAAGGUCUAACCUUGGUAUUUGAGUGGAUU